ACAUGGCUUUCCUUCCAAAAAUGCAGAGCAAGAUGGGAAUCAUGGCUAUGCUGAUGCUGCCCUUGCUGUUGCUGGGAAUCAGUGGCCUCCUCUUCAUCUACCAGGAGGUGUCCAGGCUGUGGUCAAAGUCAGCCGUGCAGAACAAAGUGGUGGUGAUCGCUGAUGCCAUCUCAGGACUGGGCAAGGAGUGUGCCCGGGUGUUCCACACUGGUGGGGCAAGACUGGUGCUGUGUGGAAAGAACUGGGAGAAGCUAGAGAGCCUAUAUGAUGCCUUGAUCAGCGUGGCUGACCCCAGCAAGCAGACAUUCACCCCCAAGCUGGUCCUACUGGAUCUCUCAGACAUCAGCUGUGUCCAAGAUGUGGCAAAAGAAGUCCUGGAUUGCUAUGGCUGUGUGGACAUCCUCAUCAACAACGCCAGUGUGAAGGUGAAGGGGCCUGCCCAUACGAUUUCUCUGGAGCUCGACCAAAAGAUCAUGGACGCCAAUUACUUUGGGCCCAUCACCUUGACCAAAGUCCUGCUUCCUAACAUGAUCUCCCGGAGGACAGGCCAGAUUGUGCUGGUGAAUAACAUCCAAGGGAAGUUUGGGCUCCCAUUCCGGACAGCUUAUGCUGCCUCCAAACAUGCUGCCCUAGGCUUCUUUGAUUGUCUGCGAGCCGAAGUGGAGGAGUAUGAUGUGGUUGUCAGCACAGUGAGCCCGACUUUCGUCCAGUCCUAUCACGUUCACCCGGAGCAAGGAAACUGGGACAACUCCAUUUGGAAAUUCUUUUUCAGGAAGCUGGCCCACGGUGUGCACCCUGGCGAAGUGGCGGAGGAGGUGAUGCGCACGGUGCGGCGGAAGAAGCAGGAGGUGCUCAUUGCCAACCCCAUCCCCAAGGCCGCCCUCUACGUCCGCACCUUCUUCCCCGAGUUCUUCUUCGCCGUGGUGGCCUGUGGGGUGAAGGAGAAGCUUAAUGUCCCGGGGGAGGGUUAA